AUGUUCCCUCUCAUCCCAACGCUCGCACUUGCUUUCGUCUCGUUCUUCUCCUCAGCGUUCGUCAUUCUUCGCAUUCUUAUCCCGAUUCUCCCACCCCACCCUCUCAGUCGUCGAGUUCGCCCCUCCGAAUUUGGUCUUCCUAACUAUCGGUCUAUUUCUCCUGCAGAUAAGAGCCACCUCUGGCUUGCUACUUGCGACCUACUCGCUCUUGCCGUCUUCACAUGGCAAGCUGUGAACGAAUAUCUGGGUGGUCCCGCUGGUUAUGCCAUUGCCGGCGAUCCAGGAUCCGCCGUUAGGCUCUGGUUCGCCAUGAGCCUCCGCCAGACUUGCCUUCUCGUCAUCUCUGGAUUGACCCUUCUGCACGUUCGUAUGGGUCGCUCCGUAGCUUUUGGCAGCAAGCACUGGAUGCUCUGGGCUCCUACCUUCCUCCUCGUCGCAACUUCGACUGCGAUUGCGGGUGUGCUUGCUGCUACCAACGUCCGGAGCUUCUUCGUCGGGCUCGUCGCAUACUCUACGACCACCGCUGUUCUUAGCACGGCCGCCUUCGGCUGUCUCGUCGGCACACUUGUCAUCAUUAAGAAGAACCUCGCCGCCCUCGAUGACAUCCGCGACCCCUGGCCCCCAGCGAAGGAGCUCCCCGUCGAGGAGCGCCGCCGCCCCAGUUUCGCGACCGAGGAGAUCAACGCGCUCAAGGACGGCUCGUCCUGGAUCACCUCCCGCGCGAGCUCGCGCUGCGAUAGCGUCUCUGCCUUCUCCUUCUCGACGCACCACACGCACGUCCGCACGCACUCGCGCGCCAACUCAGCCGCGAGCGCGCGCAUGCUCCCCCACCCCGCCACGGCGUCCAUGCCCUCAAUCCCAGCGAAGUCCUCGUUCUGGUUCAACCCCGCGACGCCGUUCGUCAGUCACGAGAGCAUCCCGCCGGUUCCGCCGCUCCCUGCGCCGUACCGUCCCCGGUCGACGACCUCGGCCCAGAUCAACGACGAUCCGGAUCCGUUCAAGCGUCCAGCGCCGCGGAUGGGUUCGCAGUCGUCCUGGCUCACGGAGCCCUCGCAGUACGGCCCUUCGCUAUCGAACUGGUCUUUCCCUACCACCCAUGUGCCGUCGCCUCCGCCGACUACCGCGUCUUUGCCCGGCCUUGGCACUGACCUUUUGCCUUCCACUGCGGUGUCUCGUCCUAUGACGCCGGCUAUGGCGAGUGCGGAGGUUCUUGGUGGUUAUGGUUGGAACCCUGAGGCUGCUCAGGCGGAGAAGGGUCUCAACAGCUUCUCGUCCUCGUCUUCCUCUAGUGACUUGGACAUGUCGAUAUUCCGUACUGGUGGGUGGCUCUUCAUGAUUUGGCUCCCUCAGGGCCUCGGUCUCCCCUUCCUGUUCAUGGUCUCCCCUGGUUCCCCCAUCAGCUCCAUUGGGUCCAUUCUGCUCAUUCUUUCGGUCACUCUCUCGGCGCCUCUGUUAGCUCUCAACCUGCUCUUCCGUUCGCCCAUCCCGAUCCCGUCCGAGCUGUUUGAGAGCUACAGCGAGCCCCCGUCGGCCGUCCUCCGUGCACCCUCCCCUGCGAGCACCACGCCUUCGUACCUCAAGUACUCCCACGAGUACAAGCGCAGCGGCUCCGUCACGGUCGUCGAAUCCCGCCGCUCCACGGACGUCUGGGUCACCAACGGCGACGCCGUCGACAACAAGGGGAGAGUCGGCCGUGCGCUAGGCCUUCUCCAGCCCAAGCCCAAGCUCGCGGUCCUACCGCCUGAGGGUGAGAAGCUCCAGAACGAGGAGCCGCUCACGCCCCCGCUCCCUAUGCAGAUGCAGCCGGAACGCUCUUUGCCCCCGACUCCUGCACAGAGCGAACGCAGCGCCGAGUUUGGGAGGACCCCCGGGCGCCCGCGCAAGGAGAGCAAGGCGAGCUCGUACUACUCUGGCCAGUCGGAGAACCUGGCCUUCCAGACGCAGAUACUCAUUGCCCAGCGCCACUACUCCGCGCUCGCGCAGACUAUCGCUGUCCCGCCCUCGCCGACCGCUCCGACACCGCUGGACCGCCGCGCUUCCAUGGACGACGCCGUCGCCGUUACGGGUGUCGAGACUACACCAGCCCGCUCACGGCAUUCGCAGCACCUCCGCGUCCGCUCCGUCUCAUCGAUCACUGGCAACACCUCUGUCGACUCGCGCUUCCCGGUCAGCCCCCCGCCUGCGUCUCCGCUCCCGCCGACGCCACCGUCCGUGCGCGAGCGCAAGGCGCGCAUGCUCUCACACCGCAAGUCUCACUCUCAUUCGUCCUCGUCCGCCGGCUUCUCGUUCGGUCCCAUCGCUGGGGACGACAUAGCGGAGAUUGACGCGCUCUCGGCGAAGGUCCUGCCUCUCCUCGUCCCUGGCCUGAGCAUUGGCAGCGAUAUUCGCGUGCGCGAGGAGUGGGGUUCGUGGAUGUCUACGUCCCCCCGCGAUGUGCGCGCGCCGACUGGUACAAUGAAGAGCUCGAAGACCGUCCCGGUUGAGCUUGGCGGAUACUCGACGGACUUCUCGUCCCCUAACGGACACUCGACUCCUGCGGAACAGAAGGCGAAGACGAUGGCUACGAGGCAGAGGAAGGUAUCGCACGGUCGUCACCACUUCAGUCUUCCGAGCCUCAGCCUCAGCAAGGAUGGCAUCCACGCUCUUGCAACCUGGAGGAACGACCUGAACCGCGCCCUUGAGAGCAAGCUUGGACAAUACUCUCAGGCUCCCAUGACGACCGACUCGACGAACAACAGACGCAACACCGUCUAUGGGUACGCUGGCGAGCUUGUCCCCAACAACCACUCGCACCUCGACAUCGUCUCGGAAGACGCAGAGCUCCUCCGCCCUGCCUCCCCAAUGUCGCCCGCUGGUCCCAUCUCGAACGCGAACCGCCCCGUUUCCGCGCAGACUUUCGGCCACGAUGCGCUCCCACUCCCUUCCCGGGCCCAGACCAGCCGGGCGAGCUCGCGUCAGUCUCGCAACUCGCUCGCUACGCUCAUCAGCGCGCUCGACCAAGAGCUCCGCGUCCCUCUCCCGCCGCCUUCCGCUGCGUCUGAGGUGACGCUCUUCGACCUCGAGAACUUCGACCCCGAGGCGGAUGGCCCGCUCGCGUCGAGCACCCCGCACGAGAGCCAGCGCACGAAGCCUAAGUCCAAGAACCGCGACGUCCCGCCUGUCCCGCAGCUGCGCGAUGGUCCCAAGGCGUCCCGUCGCUCGAGCAUCCGGUACAUCGUCUCGGACGAGAACGCCCCCGUCACCGCAGAGUCUCCGAAGGUCGAGACCAGCCGUGGCCUCGCGCAGUGGGGCGCGCGCGCGAUCCGUCCGCUGGUGCCUAAGUCGCCGAAGAGCAAGAGCAAGAAGAAUGAGCGCAAGAUCGCCUCCCCGCCUGCGGGCGGCCUUCGCCCGCUCUCGCUCCUCCAGGACCGCGACGUCAACCAGGUGCGCUCGGAGACGAAGCCUCUGAGUGUUGGGAAGAGAAGCAAGGGCUCGGAUGAGAAUGCGGACCCUAUGGGCAGCCUUGGGAAGAUCAAGGCGAGCUUGAAGCCAUUGAAGCUAAACCGUUCCGAGACCACUAAGGAGCGUGCGCUGCUUCGUCAGAAGGAGGUCCUCCCCGACGUCGUCGUUCGCCCUCCUUCUGAGGUUGACCCAGGCGUCCUCCGUCAUGGCUGGUAGACCGCUAGACUUACCUCCAUUAAGAA